GCAGCCAGGUCAGCUGACCGGCAGCGGAAGUAGCUGGGGAAAUAAAGGGAAGAGGAGCAGAGGAGAAGUGCCGCUUGCUAUGGAUAAUGAGAAUGAGCAGAGUGCUAGCCCCGCGAGUGGAAGUGGCGGCAACAAUGGUGGAGGGGGAAACCCACGACCCCAGGUGUCUCAGAUGUCGCUGUAUGAGCGCCAGGCUGUGCAGGCCCUGCAGGCGUUACAGCGACAGCCGAAUGCUGCUGCUCAGUAUCUCCAGCAGAUGUACGCCGUCCAGCACCAACACAUGAUGUUGCAGCAGCACCUGAACAGUGCGCAGCUUCAGAGUCUGGCUGCGGUCCAGCAGGUGACGUUAGCAGCCAGCAGACAGGUCACUUCUCCGAGUGUGAGUGAGACCCAAACGACUGGGACGUCACAGAGUACGAUCAAUCUGGCCACCAGUUCAGGUGCACAGCUCAGUAGCCGAGCUCAGACGGUCAGUUCGCCUGUGACCAGUUCCCUGCUGGGGAACAGCACCAGUACCAGCAGCAGCAGCACCCCCACCCUCACCCCCACCCAGGCCAAGAUGUACCUACAGGCACAGCUGCCGCAGCCUGGGAGUCUGCUGCAAGUAGCCCGCACUCUUACCCGGAAUGUGCCGCUCGCACCUCAGCUCAUACUCAUGCCCGGAGGCAGCGUCACUACUGUACAGCCCGAGGUGACAGCAACUAGCAGUGGGCUACAGACUGAAACCGAGCAGGCCCAGAACCUGGCCCUGCGGAGCCAGCAGACGAUGGCCUCGGGGGUCCCGCUCCAGAGCUCCGGCCAGAAGACCACCUCGGUGGUGGUCAGCCAGUCGUCCAGCCUGAGCCCGGCCCAGACCAUCACCGUCACCCAGGCCUCCUCCCUCAACCUGGUCAGCCAGCCCACCGCCGCCGCCAAAGGAUCCGGGAGCGGGGCCACGCCGGGAAUCGGACACUCCAGCCAGGCCGAGGCCGACAACAUCCUGAAAAAGGCCGAAGCGGACGGGGCAGCGAGUGCCCAGAGCUGUGGGAUUAACCUGACUCGCAGCGUCACUCCCACCGGACAGACGCUCAUCAGCUCAGCUGUCACUAACACCGUUGCUGGUUUGGUUCCCACAGCCAAAGGGGAGGUGAUCCAUUCAGGUCCCCCUGUCCUGACCUCCAUCAGCUCCCUCAACGCCCCCACUCUCCUGAAGGUCAACACUCGGUACGGAGGAGACAUCAAACCACCACAGGCCAUUGUAAAACCUCACAUCCUGACCCACGUCAUCGAGGGCUUUGUCAUCCAGGAGGGAGCUGAACCUUUCCCAGUGGAUUCCCUCUUGGCCGCUGCAGACAAUAAACAGAAGCAGCAGGAACCUCCUGUCCUCCAGCCCGAGACCCUUCACCUGGAGAAGGAGCCUCUUCAGCAAGAAGGGUCAGAGGUCACACCGGAGUUACUGAAAUGUGAAUUCUGUGGGCGGCUCGAACAGGCCGAGAAGUUCAAGAGGUCAAAGCGAUUCUGCUCAAUGGCCUGUGCGAAGAGGUACAACGUGAGCUGUCGGAAAGGUGUGCGGAGGUUCACCAUGGACAAACUGAGCCAGCUCCACAAGGACACAGAUCCCCGGAUCGGACGCAGGACAACCCGCAAGGGAAGUGGAGACAGUGUCCGGGUCAACAUUCCCAAAAAACAGCUCAAGAAUCAGGAGGAUUCAAGCCGAGUCUCUGACAAUCCCAGCUAUGAUGAGGCCCUGUCUCCGAACCUGGUUCAGCUUCGACAGUCACAGUGUGACCGGGAAUCAAACAGCGGGACUUCCGGAAUGCCGGACCUGAUGGCAAUUAGUCCCAGCUUCCGGAAUGGGAGUCCUGCUCUCUGGUCGGUGGAGCAAGUUCAUGACUUCAUUUCCUCUUUACCUG